UUGGAAACAGAAAACUCAAAUGGAUUUUAAAUUUAGUGUGUGGAGGAUGCUUUUAAUUUUCACCAUAUGUUAUUCCAAAUGCACCAAUGGUAGCAAACUGAGAAUAUACCGUCAUGAACGAGAUAUAUUUACCAACUUAGAUUAUUCAAGUUCACAAACUGAAAGAAAUUAUAGUUAUGAUUGUAUGAAGUACAAUGCCAAGUGUUAUAACGUUACUGGGUGUCGGUAUUGUGAAUGUAAAGAUGGAACGAAUACUUUUAUUAUCGAUAACAAUGACAAGAAUCGCAGAGGAAGUUGCAUCAAGGAUGAAGAAUUGCAUCUGGAAGGAGACUCCGACGAUGAUGCAUUCAAUCUUGAAAAUACGGUGACGAAGAAGUGUUUGAAACAAUCUGACGUGUUCGUGUAUAGUACGUCUUGUGGUGAUUCAUUGGAUCAGAAAUGGAUACGUGUCAACACAGUCAAUAAACAACUGAUGAAUGUGAAAUCACUUCGUUGUAUCACAUUGGGAGGAAAAGAUGCACCAGUAACAAUGCAACCAUGUCAAAAAUCAAAAUCGGAUUUUCAAAAACUAGCGUGCCACCAAAGAAACAAGAAAGCAAGAUUUUUUGGACGUUUUUUACUUCGUUUCUAGCAGAAUAUCAGGCUGGAGUAGGCGUUUCGGGGUACAAUCGCGGUCAGUUUUGGAAAGCACAUCAAAAUGACAGUAAAGUGAACGUUUGCAAGUUAACAGAUUACAAAGGUUAGAGAACAAGACUUGUGAAAAACGCCGCUUAAUUUCACCAAUCUUAUUGUUAUUGACAAUACUAUAACUUUAACUAGAAAUUAUAAAAUCCUAUAAGAGAAAGGUCGCAACGCCUUUCUAAAAAUCCUUAACUUCACGCAAUUCUAAUUAAUUCGCAAAAAAACUAAAUGUCCACCAGAUUGUUUUAAGCUCAAUGCAUUCAUCUUCGACAGGCUACUAUCGUUUCUCUGAUGGCAAUUUCGUGAAAUUUUUGAAAUUCAACCAAAGCGCAAACGUGGAAAAAUUUCAUAUUUCUGCACCGAUCUACGACGAAAAUGACAAUUGUAAAGUGGGAAAAAAAUUCGUGUUUACAAAA